AUGUCGUUCUUGCGCCCUUUGAUCCUGGCCUUUGCCGCGGUGCCCUGUCUCGAGGCGAUCGUGUGGAAUGGCAAGGAUGGCAGUGACUCGAAUGUGGUAGCGGCCAUCGACCUCAGUAGCAUUCCGGAUUGCACUGACGACCUGAUUGCAGGUGGCGAGGCGCAGUGCGACUCCCUAAGCAAGGACGAGUGCAAGGGCUACACCCAGUGGGAUGAUUCAGGAAAGCUCUUCAUCCAGUGCAAGCCGAGUGGAGAGAACUGUCUUGCAGAAGGCCCACAAUGCAAGAAGCCUCCAAAGAAGAAUCACUGGAUCAAGCCCAAAGCAGGGGUGGUGUGCACCCAGGCUUGCAAGGACAAUGGCUUCACAAAGUGCAACAAGAAGGAGAUGGCAAAGAUCGACAGUAAGGAAAAGGUCAAGAAGGCAAUGAAAGAGGCCGGCUACAGCUGCCGGAGCGUCGGCGGCCACAGAAACUACGCAGGAAUUCCCUUCACGACCUUCCGAUCCGGAGACGAGUGCUACUAUGUCACCCCCGGAACCCAAGCGAGCUCAAUCUCUUGUGAUCAAAACAAGUACAGCGGCCAUGGGCCCCUCUGCUACUGUGAGUAG